AAGUCAAUUUCUAAUAUUUCGGCUUGUCCACUGAGGAUACUGUUACCACGCGCGUUUCUCCUUCGUCCAGCCGUCUUGUAGGGUGCUGUCUGCGUGCGCGCACGCCUUCAUAUAAACAUACAACGCAGCGCACAUUUUUGUGUGCGUACGUGUGUAUUGAAAUCUUUUCGCGGUUCAAUUGAUCGACUUCGAUCGCGAACUUUGUUUGCCAAUCGCGCACUUUACGGUCCAUCGAUCGGUUUAGUUCGCUUUCAUCCACGGCAUUGUGCGUUUAUUAGAACCGCAAAGAGGCGCCUGAGUUUCACCAACCAUUCGUUACGGUGUUUGUAGCGAAAAUUCAAGAGAUGAUAUACAAUUAAAAUUUCAAAGCAAAAAAGAGGCGUCAGUAAAUAACUUAUAUAAACUUAUAUUUAAUCAGUCAGUGCCAAAAAGUGAGUGUAUGCUAUUCUGUGCUUCUACGUGAACGCAAAUAAAGGCUGUUACCCUGUUGCAAGCCCUACUUCGUGGCAACUCCUAAUUGAACAAGUGAACUAUCUUGACCAGUGCUUAAUUUGCAGCCUUACCCUUACGUUAUUACGUAAAUACGUAUCCAUAUAAGGCAAAUACCUAUAUAUAUAUAUAAAAUACAGCAAUUUGCGGUGAAGCCAGAUCGUCUUGCAUUACUUUUUGUUGGAUUAACGGAGUCAUCGUUGUUGCAGUAACAUUAAAUUGAAGAAUAUGAAGCUCUUCGCCAUCAUUUUAACCCUUGCCUUGUACGCCUUCGCAUUGGCACAGUCGCUGGCGAAUGUUAAGUGUCAAAUGAAUUGUGAUCUGCAGGACUUUAGACCGGUCUGUGGUAUAGAUGACGCUGGUAAGACGAAAACCUUCAACAAUCUGUGCAUUCUGAAGACAGAGAAUUGCCUGCGACAUCUUUCAUUCCAGAAAACUUCCGAUGGCGUAUGUCCAUAGAUGCUAAUUAUAUAAAACAAAGAAACAGUACUAACUUGCAAACAUCAGUGAUCCAGUUCUAAAAAUUAACAAUUAAAUUAGUUAAUAAACUAAGUGCAAAUUAUGUGUGUCAAGCAAUUUUAUCGUUUUAUUCAUUAACUGCUACUUUUCAUACGCACAUUUUCAUCUAAGCAUUUUAACACAAAUUUGAAAGAAAAGGUUUUAACCAAGCAAAUCAUCUAUGACAUCAUUUUAAAUAUACUAUAUAUUACCAAACAGAUAUAAAACUUAUGUAUUACCGGGUAUUUUACAAUAAAAAAGCAUGUUAUAUAUAAUAUAUCCGCAUCAGGAAGGCGAGUCUAACACGAAGCGCCGCUCUUGGUCCAUGGCAGCAUGUGUAUGAAAGCAAUCAGACUAAAUUCUACAUUUCAAUAUGUAAAUUCUGGAAUUUCGUGUAUGAGAUUCAAGCAGCAGCUGUUGGUUACAAUGUAGUCCUAAGUGGGUUUUGUGUGAUAUUCUUAAGAUUUGAUUUGGAAAAGUCGUACAUUUACUGUAAAUUUGCAUGUAUACAAAUGUAAAAAAAUAAAAAUAAAAUAAAAUUAAAUAAAAUGCGUAA